ACUCUCCCACACUGGAACACUGAGGAUGACUGGCUGCUAGCCACCAACAUUGUUUCUAGCAAACUUCCAGAUAACUCUGGACCUGUAGAUAGCUAGCACCUAGCCCUGGACCAUACUCGGCUAGCUGGUUAACUACCACUUAACUAUGGACCUGUAGCUAGCCCUCCUAGCCCUGGACCUGUACACAGCUUGUCAGAUAACAAUCUGGUAGCUGAGGGACUGGCAGCUAACUCAGAGCUAACCCCAAGCAAAGCUAGCUAACAAGCAGCUAGCUGAGGAACUUGAUCGCAUGGCUGGCUACCUGGAACUGGUUAGCUAGCACUCCUGCUACACUGAUGCUUCAGACAAUGAAUCUGAUACACAUGGCUAACAGACUAACUGGAUCUGAUACACUUGGCUAACAGGCUAACUGGAUCGGAUACACAUUGCUAACUGGAUCUGAUACACAUUGCUAACUGGAUCUGAUACACAUUGCUAACUGGAAAACUGGAUCUGAUACACAUGGUUAACAGGCAAACUGGAUCUGAUACACAUGGUUAACAGGCAAACUGGAUCUGAUAUGCAUGGUUAACAGGCUAACUGGAUCUGAUACACAUGGUUAACAGUCUAACUGGAUCUUAUACACAUGGCUAACAGGCUAACUGAGUGUAUGGACUGAGGGUUGUGGGGCUGGGGAUUGUGACCUGAAGGCCUGGUGUGUGCGUGUGUCAUCUCCAUGCGUGUGUGCGAGACCUCCGGCUGUUGGGAGGUGGGGCCCUAUAGGGACCAACGUUGCGUUUCCAUGGAGACCCACGGGUGUAUCCCAUUCCCUGUGUGCUGGACUAGAGAAUAUGACAGACACCUAACACACGGUAAAACCAUGGCAACAGCAUACCUGGACCCCAACCUGAACCAGGCCUUGGUGGGGGGAGCCAAGCCUGGCGUGGGGCAGGCGGGGGGCGUGUCAGAGCGGGUGCUGAAGGUGUUCCAUCACUUUGAGAGCAACAGCGAACACGACAGCUGGGCGAGCAACAUACGCCAUGGAGAGGCCACGGACAUACGGGGAAUCAUCCAGAAGAUUCUGGACAUCCACAAGGUCAGAUGUGUGUCCUGCUUCGGCGUGCGGCUCAGCCACGCCCCCUCGGGCGAGGUGCACUGGCUCCACCCAGAUAUGGGCGUGUCCCAAGUGAGGGAGAAGUACGAGCAGCACCACCCCCUGAGGAGUGGAGAUAUGAGUUGAGGAUCCGAUAUCUUCCUAAAGGGUUCCUGCAUC